UCCAUUCCUAGCGUCUCCUUUCGGCGCGUAAUUUUGUUUAGCUCCGUUAAAUCCUUGGCACUGCUAUGGACUUCGAUAAUGCGAAGGAGAAUAUACAGCCGCUAGCAAGUGGUCGCAACGUAAGUCUGUUGCAGGCCUCGCUCAGCCAGGACUCAGGACAGGCUCAGGAACUAUUGGCACAGCGCAAGCAAUGGGAGGAGGAGGUACGCUCUUAUAAGGGGGACGACCCUCUGGACCCUUGGUACUCGUACAUCUGCUGGAUCGAACAGAGCUAUCCUGCAGGAGGCAGUGGUUCUGGCUUACAGGCAGCGUUAUACCAAUGCCUUACUAAGUUCGAGAAGGACGAGCGUUACCGACAGGACAGACGUUUCAUAAAGUUGUUUAUCAAGUUUAUGGAAAAAGAAAAGGACCAAAUCCAGUGCUAUCAGCAAAUGUACAAUGACGGCAUUGGAACGAUGCUAGCUGACUUCUACAUCGCCUGGGCAUAUAGCUACGAUCUUACUGGAAACAUGCGCAAAGCUGACGAGAUUUUCCGGCUCGGAAUCGACUGUCGAGCCGAACCAUUAGAAGAUUUGCGCGAGGCCCACCAACAUUUUGGCUUUACAGUAGCUCAACGAAUGUUCUAUACUGAUGGCGAGGAGGUCAGCGCAGUCACACAGGAACUAAAUGAGCGUCGCCUUGCAUUGCAAUCUUUACAUGGCCGCAAAAAGCGGAGCUCCAGCACCAUUACUGUAGGUAGUGUGCGUACUGGUGCUGCUGUAAAAAGCGGAAUGCCGGGUGUGGUGCAGGUCGACGCUCCGAGCACAAGCCGCAUGCGCAAUGCUAGCCGCAACGUGGAGGUUUACAACGACGAGAAUGUUGAUGCCAAUGCGCUGCCGCCCGUUUCUGAAGUGGAAACUAAGUCGACAUUGCGCUCCAUAAUCGAUGCGGCCCGUGGUCAAGAGAACGUUAAAGAGCCGGUGGCGUGGAAUAUGGCGCAUUCUAAUACGCACAAGAGUGGUAAGAUGUUUGCAGGAAACGUCUCGCCAGAUUUAGGCUUUGACAUACAUGUAGAUGAGCAAUCGCUGCCGCCGAUAACAAAGUACGAACGCCGUCUGGAGAAACCCUUUAGAUUUCCACCGAACUUCGUAUCUAAAAACGUUCCUCAGGAAGCUUGGGUGACUCCAGUCACCAUCGAGGACGAGCCCAACGCAACUGGAGUGCCCUCCUACCAGAAGUGUUUUUUGUAUCCAAGACCCAACCUAGAGUUUUCCCCCGAAGAGUAUUGCGCCUACAUUCAUUUAAGGCGGCGCGAUCGCAAGCACCCCUUUGUUAUUAGAAAUGAUGAGUACUGGGGCUCUGGACCCGUACUUAGAGGCGUUCGUUGCUAUCCAAACUUUGCCAAAACUUCUAAGCCGCAGCCACGGGACGAAUUGGAUCAGUACUGGAAGCCACCACAAGCGCCCGGUCUGCAGACUGUGUUUGAUAAGCUGUACCACGACGAGGACAAGAUGGAGUAUCAGCCGGAGGAACUUCUCGCAAAAAAAUGGCAGCAAAAACGCAACACCACAGUGCAUGGAGAGCUUGAUAUGGAGGAGACAGUAUGCCUUCCUGGAAACAAGAUGCCUCGUCGCAAAAGCUUUUUCCCCACUAUUAAAAAAUCGACUGCACUGCCUAAUAUGUCUGACGUAAUGGAAGAAGAAGCGCAAGAAUGUGACGACCCCGCCGCAGAACUAAAGCCUGCCCAGACAACUCUAGUUUCCCCUCCAGUUGCUAAAUUGACAUCUGAAAAAUCUGUCGCACCGCCGGACGACAACUUUGUUGUGCCAGCCCCGCCCACACAAAAGAUAGAGAUUUACGAGGACGCGGAGGAGCAAAAACCCAGCGCAAAGCCAACUACUUCGGGACCCUUCUUCGAAGCGGAUGAAACAUGCUCCACUCAAAUGUUUAAUAUGUUCCUGAAGAAUCAGGCCGUAAGCACUCCAAAGUGUUCUCAAAAGCUGGCGCCAGUGAGGCAGUUUGGCACAGUGCUGAAAGAAAUAUCGCCUGCUGAUGACGGAGCACUGGCUGCCUCCGUCGAGUCUCCUUUGGAGACUCACUCCCCCAAGCUGCGUAAAGAGCUUUCCACUAUCUUAGAGACUUCCGAACACGGCACCCAAAGUUCGGCAACCUCCAAUGCCACCACCAAGUCCACGAUAACGUCGACUUUAUCAUCGCCUGGUUCCCAGGGGGCAGUGACUUUGGUCACUAAAUGUGAGGAAUAUACACCAGGUCCUAUCCGUCUACAGAGGCCAGCUGCUCCGGAACUCUCCACGGUCAAUGAGCAAGACGUUCCGACUGGUGGAAACUUUUCACGUCGCGAGCUGUGGGAGCCGAAUGCACCUAGCGUGCCAAUGCUUAAAUCUCUGCGUUUUCAGGAGGACAAAACGGAGACUAUUCCCAGACCGCUAUCUUGCUUUCAAGAGGAUAAAACAGAAACGUUACCCCGGCUUCCCUCUGCCCUGCCAGAAAUUUCCAUUCACCAACCGAUGGCCCCUCCACCCCAACUUCCCUCACUAGAUGAUGAGAGCGACCUUUGCGGAUUUUUCGGAAAAACUCCGCCAAAGAUGAAACUGUUUGGCUCUCCAAUGUUACAGGUUCCGGCCAAGCGAACAUGCGACCAGGCCACGCCUGACAUUUUCAGCAAAUCCAUAAGAAACUCUAAGGAUCAAAGUGCCAAAAUCGCAGGAUUAACAGAUUCUUUUAAGGCUGACUUGUCGUUUAUUCCUGAAACACAACCAAUGACAGUGCCUACGCCAAAUGUGGGAGUCAUGCAAAAGAAGUUUGAGAUCUUUCUCGAUGAGACUCAGCCUGAGAUACCAGAUACAAAAGACCUCAGCCUGCCCCUAAACUGCACGCUACCGGAAACGCAAGUGUCGGUGCGAAAGUCGCCUUGCUUGGAGUUAUCUCUACGUAUGGAAGCCGAGGCCAUAGGCCCUUCCCACAUUACGUCGUCUUUUAUAAAGGAUUGCAUAGAACUAAGUACCUGCCCGCCUCCUCCAGUUUCUACCUCUACAUUUAGCAGUAAGUCCAUGUCAGGAUCUCGAGAAGAAUUGAAAGCAAAGCGUGAUUCAGGCAGUGGGAAUAUCGACAAUUUUUUCGAGCUGAACGCCGCUACCGAGAUGUUUGCUACCAAUAUUAGCAUGAUUAAGAAUUCUACGCUUCUACCACCGCCACCGACUACAGAAGCAAAGGAGUCGCUGUCAUCUCCUAAAGACGAAAUGAGCAUAUACUACAAGACACCUCCAUUAACUCCCAAGCAAUCUCACCAUUCCUGGCCGCGACCUAUCUUGGAGACGCAGCAAAAUGACAAUUUCGUCCACCCCCAAGGAUCUAUGGAAUCGACCACGCUUAACGAAACCAUAUCCGAUACUAACGUAAAUCCUUUUAAUGUGGACCUCAUUGCCUCGCUUCUUAAAUCAAUUGACUUCUACAUGUAUAUCGAAGAGCUUCCACACUGUCAGUUGGUGGGUCACGUUAAGAAGUUGCAACCCAACACACAGAUUGAGAUACAUGCCGAGCGGUUCGAGGUUUCAAAGAUGAUUGGCAAGGGCGCCUACGGGUCCGUUUAUGUAGGUCGCCACACUAACUCGGGAAAGAAGGUGGCUCUAAAGCAGGAGCGCCCCCCUAAUUAUUGGGAGUUCUACAUCAGCCUUGAGGUGCACAGUCGUUUAACCAGUGAGCAAAUGAUGUCAGCAUAUGCACAUAUUGAUUACGCUUUAGUCGGAAACAAUUCGAGUGUAUACGUUUCAGACUUCUCGGAAUAUGGAUCACUCAUUGGUGUGUGCAACAAGGUCAAGAAUGUCACCAAUAAGAAUCUUGACGAAUAUGUAGUGAUGCACAUGAGCUGCCAGCUGCUCGACAUUGUCGACCAUCUGCACGCCAUGGACAUUAUUCACGCAGACAUCAAGCCGGAUAACUUCCUGCUGAUGAGGCCAUUGUGUUCGAAUCCAAAUGAGGUCAGCCUGCAGCUUAUUGACUUCGGCGUGGCCAUCGACACCAGGCUCUUCCACCCCAAUCAAACAUUCAAUUAUGUGCAUCAUGAUGAACUGUUUAAGUGUGUUGAGAUGCGUACGCAGCGCCCGUGGACGUAUCAGCUUGAUUUAUUCGGCUUGGUGGGCGUUAUGCACGUGCUGCUUUUGGGCAGGUACAUGGAGGUGGUGCAGCGAAAUCCAAGUGGUGUUUGGAUGCCGAAAAGUGCUCUUCCGCGCUACGUCCAGCGUCACGUGUGGGAGACAAUAUUUCGAACCCUACUCAACGUUCGUGACUGCCGCACGAUGCCUAAUUUACAGGAAUUGAAGACGCUUCUAAAAUCUGAAUUACUUGAGAAGGAGAAGUAUGUGAAGGAGGCAAUAACUUUAUUUAAUAACAUUUUACAAACUUAGAUACAUUACAUAAAUUUAAU